GUGUGCUUCAUUGGCUAUCGUCAAAUUCGUCAUUUCUCAAUUUGUCGCGUGGUUUGUGAAUUAUGGUGAUGACCAAAUGAGAGCAUCAAAGAAGAAACGCUGAUGAUUAUAAAUAAAUCACAAUUAUUUAUGUGCUCAAACCUUUCCCCUUCUUCCUCUUUCUUCUAGCUUUGAAACCCAGAAUUUGCUCGGCAGUAUUCAUCAUGUUGACCAGAGUUAACAUGGGAGGAAACUUCGAUGGCCAUCAAACUCUAAGUACAAGCCUAAGCGCAGAAUUCGAGAAUUUGGUGCUAGAAGGCGAAGUUGGAGAAACAAGGUCACCAAAUCAAAGCAGACCAGCCAGCAUGGUGUUCAAGGCAAGUUGUAACUAAUUAUCAAAGCUUCUAAUUUCCCGCCUUUACCAUACCAUAUUUGUUUGUAAAAGAAAAUUCUCAAACUCAUAAUAAUUAGGCGUUUAUAAUUCUUAGUUUUAAACUCAUGAAAAGCCGUGAUAUUCACAACAGGCCUAAAACUUUCUCUAUUAUUCUGAAUACUAAGAAAAUUUGAGUCGUUUGAAUCUUGUCAACUGAUUAAAAUAGACAUGUCGAAUAUAAACGAACUACAUAAUCUAACAUAUCAUUGGAUGCAUUGUAAUAGUUUACGAAUUUCUUUCUCAUCUAGUACAAGUACCCCUUUCAAAAAAAAAGAAGUAAAUUUGAUCUGUAUCGGCUAUUACCAUCCUAAUCCAACAUAUUUUAGGUGGUUGUUUUCUUUGGAUAAUUUCGAAUUGCUAAUUUUUUCAUAUAAGAAUGAUGUUUAUUGAAAAUGAAUUCGGAUGCGGUGAAAAACAAACAGAAACCACACACAGUGAUUCCAGCCCACUUGGUAGCUGAAGCCAUAUCCACACUGCAUGGACUGGAUCUAAGAUGGUCAGGCCCAAUCACCCCUAGCGAAAGGCAAUAUGUGCAGCAAUAUGUGUUAGCAAAAUAUCCAGAGUAUUGCAAUGGACUUGUAGAGGAAGGAGACAAGAUUGAUCUGUACAAACUAUGCAUCAAUGAGGAUUCAUCAUCAUCUGGUACAAACACCCCUGAUCAUGAAAAAGGAAAAUCCCCAAAAAGUCAUGGCUCAAGGGAUUUGUCUUCUUCGUUGCCGUCGUCGUCACCUUCUUUUGGUAAUUUUCCCACCUCUGAUUUGGACAAAACCCAGCUUGAGCCAUCAAAAUUACUUGACAUCCUCAAUAAGAAGGCAUCCCUUCAAGGGAAUUUCAUUUCCAUCCCAGAAAUCCAAGUCCGAAACCGGGCCUUACAGCAUUGUGGGCUAUCCGAGGAGGAAUAUUUGGUCCAUUUUGCUACAACACCAAAAGAAGCCACCAUGUUAAUAGGUGAAUCAUACCCUUUUUUCAGAGGGAAUUAUUACAUGACAAUCCUUGGGGAAGAGUAUGAUUCCAUAAGGGGAUUUGUGUUGUCCAAGGACUCCAAAGUAAUUGUAGCACCGGAAAAAUGGUUGGAUUUAAGGAUCAAAGGGUCCCAACUGAGUCAAUAUUUCAGGAAGAAAUGUAAAUACAGUCCAAAGGGCCUAUUUGCUUACCCAGCUCAUGUAAAUGAGACACGUUACUCCAUGCAUUGGAUCUCAGAAGCCCACAGGAAUUCUUGGCAUGUUCUUCUGGAUGCAACUGGACUGGACUUGGGAAAAGAUCGGCUAACUUUGGCUCUACACAGGCCAGACUUUGUGUUGUGCUCCGUGGAAAAUCCACAGAAUGCGCAACCAUCCAGGAUCACUUGCCUUCUGGUGAGAAGAAAGUCAUUUGACAUUAGUGCCCCCACUUUCACUUAGCAAGUCUUAUAAUGUAACGAUAAUAGUAUUUUCUUUGUCGAUCUCGGAGGUUAUUGGACAGUUCCGACAGUUAAUAAAAUUUCUUUAUUUUCCAAAAAAAAAAUAAAAAAAAAUGAAAAGGGUCGAGCUCUCUAAUCUCAAAUGUAAAAUCAAAACUCAUUGAAUAUAGAGUUGGAACACGUACAAGCUCGAUCAAUUGAGUUAAGGUGCAAUGUACUUCACUAUCUUGUUACAAUUCUUUUAAUUUUUUGUAGUUUUUUUUUUUUUAAAAAAAAUUGCCAAUAUACCUUCUUAAAAGUUUUUUCGUAACUAAUGCUUAGGAUCCAUUAUAGCAUAAAUGAUCACCUUGUGUUUUGUGUUCUUGUAACGCAGAAUUAGCAAGUCAUUUGUUAGUAUCUUGAAGUUCUGCAACGGCGAUUUUGGACCAGAUCAUUUGAAUGCUUAAUCUGAAGAAUGUACAGGAGAGAAUUACUACUCCCAAACUAAGUUUAGACGUCAUUUCAUCAUCCUUGGUUUUCGUCAGUAUUGAGAUGUCCAUGCAAUUGAAAAUGUUAACAUGUACACUUCUUGUUGCUUGAUCUAAGUUGAAAACAUGGAUCCAUUGGUUUUGGUUUAAGUUGCCUUGUCUCCUCUUUUUUUUUUUUUUUAUUUUUUUUAAUUCUUUCCGAUCAGGAAUUAAAAGAAGAUCAUAUGACAGAAUCCUUAAUUUAAUUGUAAACUUGUCCCCCC